AAGUAUCUACUAAUAAUAUUUCUCUCUUACCUCUCAUAGAAAAACUCUUUAAAUGUCUAUGGUAAAUACCACCAACCUUCACAUAGCCUAUAUAUUGGGGUUUGGGGCUGUCCCAAUUUAACCAAUCCCUUCACAUACAUCUCUGAAAUUGCGAAACACAGAAAACAUGGAAGGAAAAACCAACCAUACCAAGAGGAAGAAGGGUGGAUUGAUCACCAUGCCCUUCAUCUUUGCAAAUGAGGUCUGUGAGAAGCUGGCGGUGGUGGGUUUCAGCACAAACAUGAUAAGCUACUUAACCGAGCAGAUUCACAUGCCACUUACCCAAGCAGCGAACACCCUCACCAACUUCGGCGGCACCGCUAGCCUCACCCCUCUUCUCGGCGCCUUCGUCGCCGACGCCUACGCCGGCCGCUUCUGGACCCUCACCGUCGCCUCCAUCAUCUACCAAAUAGGAAUGAUAAGCUUGACAGUAUCGGCAGUGCUACCACGGCUGAGGCCGCCGCCGUGCAAGGGCAACCAAGUGUGCGAGGAAGCGGACAGCGGCCAGCUUGCAGUCCUGUACGUGUCCCUGCUGCUCACCGCACUCGGGUCGGGUGGGAUCCGACCCUGCGUGGUGGCGUUCGGGGCGGACCAGUUCGACGAGUCCGACCCCAGCCAGAAAACCAAGACGUGGAACUUCUUCAACUGGUACUACUUCUGCAUGGGAGCGUCCAUUCUGGUGGCCGUCACCGUGAUAGUCUACAUCCAGGACAACGUCGGGUGGGGCUGGGGUCUCGGAGUUCCGGCCGUCAUGAUGUUUAUAUCCAUCAUUGUGUUUGUUCUCGGGUACCCGCUUUACCGGAACUUGGACCCGGCCGGGAGUCCGUUUACCCGGUUGCUGCAGGUGAUGGUUGCCGCGUACCGGAAGAGGAAACUGCCCUCGGUUUCGGAUCCGAAAGCGCUGUACGAGAAUGAGGAGCUGGAUGCCUCCAUUUCUGCAGCUGGAAAGCUUCUUCAUAGUGAGCAACUGAAGUUCCUGGACAAGGCAGCCAUCGUGACCGGAGAAGACAACCCGAGAUCAUCACCCUCCCUAGACCCCAACCUCUGGAGGCUGAACACCGUCCACCGCGUCGAAGAACUCAAGACCGUCAUCCGCAUGGGCCCCAUCUGGGCCUCCGGCAUCCUCCUCAUCACCGCCUACGCCCAGCAGAGCACCUUCUCCCUCCAGCAGGCCAAGACAAUGGACCGCCACCUCACCCCCUCCUUCCAGAUCCCCGCAGGCUCCAUGGCCGUCUUCACCAUGCUCUCCAUGCUCACUACCAUCGCCCUCUACGACCGCCUCCUCAUCCGCCUCGCUCGCCGCCUCACCGGCCUCGAUCGCGGCAUCACCUUCCUCCAGCGCAUGGGCGUCGGCUUCGUCAUCUCAAUCUUCGCCACCCUUGUCGCCGGCUUCGUCGAAGUCCACCGCAAGCGCGUCGCUGCCGCCCACGGCCUCCUCCAGCACCCCCACGCCGUCGUCCCCAUGUCCGUCCUCUGGCUCGUCCCGCAGUACGGCCUCCACGGGAUAGCCGAGGCCUUCAUGUCCAUCGGCCACCUCGAGUUCUUCUACGACCAGGCGCCAGAAAGCAUGAGGAGCACCGCCAUGGCGCUCUUCUGGACGGCGAUCUCCGCCGGGAAUUACGUCAGCACGCUGCUGGUUUUGAUGGUGCGCAAGUUCAGUGCGGGUCCGGGCGGAUCCAACUGGCUGCCCGAUAAUAAUUUGAACAAGGGGAAGUUGGAGUACUUUUACUGGCUGAUAACGUUGUUGCAACUGAUCAAUUUCUUCUACUAUUUGUGUUGUGCAAAGUUUUAUACAUUCAAGCCAGUUCAGGUACAUGGGGCGGACGAUGGUCAAAGUUCAGAAGGAGGCAAGGUGGAGCUGGCCAGCAGGGUUUAGGGUUUAGGAGAGAGUUUUUGUUAAACAAUUAACCUUAGUUUACCCGCGCAUUGUACUCAGACCUAGCUAGCACGUUUAACUCUUGAACAAAUUAUACAGGGACCUCCCCUCCACUUGUCCACGUAUAUAUUUCCUUAAUUAUGCCCUUGCUAAUAAUGGGUCUUCUUUGAUAUUAAUAAAUGCAAAAUCAAUUUGUGACC